GAAGAUUCAAGAGUGGAUCGGUGUCGUGCACAUUGUUAACCACGAUACUCAAUAUAAAAAUAUAGUUGUUACACAAUAUUGAUAAUUUACUAAAAUAAAAAUAAAAUAUAACAGAAUCCGAUUAAAUACGUCUUUAAUCAGGGAAUUUAAGAGUGAGUGGCAUUUACAUAAUUAUAGACCGCGUGUCUGUUUGACGCAUAUAUACUCCGGCAACACUUUUGUCGUUCUUAUGGAUACACAGAUUAUCGCUGCCAACCUCGCCCUGCUGUUAUGUGGGAUGGCAUACGGUGUCUGGGGACACGGACGCUUGCUGGAGCCUCCGGCGCGAUCGUCCGCAUGGCGAUACGGAUUUCCGGUACCCAACAACAAAGACGAUCAUGGAGUCAGAUGCCCUGCUGGCAUGACGUGUAGCCUAUGUGGAAACCCGGACAACGAGGCUGGUGGAAUGUACGCACGAGGAAUUCUGGUUCAGAAUUACACGCAGGGGCAGACAAUUCUCAUCAAGCUGGAAAUAACGGUGAACCAUGGCGGGUAUUCAACGUUUCGCAUCUGUCCAAACAAUGACGUCAACAAGCCCGUGACGCAGGAGUGUCUGAACAGGUACUUGCUGACGACCCCUAGCGGUGAGAGUAGGUAUAUCCACGAGCCGAAGGAGUCGCCGACCGGAACUGGGUAUAAAUACCUACACCUCGUACUGCCACGAGAUCUCACGUGCACUCUGUGCGUCAUACAGUGGGAAUGGGUUACGAAUUCUAACAACAACUGUAACUUCCAACACCCCGACUGCUGCAACAGAACAAACGUGGGAUGUGGGCCACAGGAACGUUUUUACGGCUGUGCCGAUGUGUCGGUCUUGCCGGCCUUAUAUCACGGAGCGCACCCUGCCUCUACGCCACUGACCUCUAACACAGUAACAGUGGAUACCGGCAAAAUACAAUUUCCGGAAGGAUUUCAGCUCAUCGGUAGUGACCCCGGGUUGCCUGCUGCACAGGUGGGGCAAGACUGCAUCGCCACUCAGUCCGCUCGCAGUACGUAUGGUGCAACAAACGCCGACAUGAUUUGCCGCCAUUUGUGUGUCAAUGCAGACACGUGUCCAGUGUCACUUUGUGCAGACACUUGCAGACUUAAGUGAAGUCGGCGACGAGUGGUCCUCAUCUUGCACUCGCCUUCUUAAUAACUAAUCAUAUAAAUUUUCAUAUAUAUGUAUAAGUAUAUCCAACACUUGCUGGUAAUACGUUGUAUUAGGAGGUAGGAAUGUUAUUCAAUAGUGUAUCGCUUAUCUCUUUAAAUUGUUAAAAAAACUAGGCUAUAAAAGCACAUUUGAUUUUAAAUGUAUCGAAUUAUUAUCCGGAAACAAUUUUAUUCAUACCGCAGUCACUUAAGUCGAUACAAACUUGUUUAAAUACGUUAAUGUAACGUGUUGUGCGUCUCGCGAGGUACAUGUAUUAAGUGAACGAUUGGCGUGCGAAUUCAGUUCAAGUAGGUUCAUGGAUUUAACGAAAGUCGUGUUUAUAACGCACAGAGAUACAUUUAAGCACAGUCGAGCAAGUUACAGUGAAAAGUUAUGUUAUAGUUACUGCUAUGUCGACUAUUUGGACAUUCUCAUCUACCAUAUGUGUCCAUACGCAGCGGUCUGUAUGCGGUCAAUAUAUAUGUAACAAUCUACUAACUGAAUAAUCUGAUGACGUUCGUAAAAAGACAACGGUUGAUUUGUUGUGGGAAAUAUGUCUUGGAGAAGGAAGUUUAGAUCGUCUGGUGGUGUUUGCUGGUGUUUGCGUAUUUACAAAAGGAUGAAAUAAAUAUGAACUGAAUC